CAAAAAUCUCUCUGGAUUAGUCACUGAUCCUGAAGUUAUUGAAUCUCAGGAAUCAAAAUCUCUACAUUUCCGCCUCAAACCAUACAAAACUUCCAAAGGCACAUCCAAACUCGCCCUUUUCUUCUCUCUCUCUCUCUCUCAGCUUGAGAGAGACACGGCAAAACAAAACCAAUGGCGGAAUCCGUGCAACCAAACCCUAGUACUUCUCUCGUACCCACCGCAACGGCCGGCGACCCUCCACCCCCGGCGCCGCCGCCGCCAACUCGCGCCGGAGGUUUUUUAUCGCGGCGACCGGGCAUAAGAGUAACGACGGAGUUCGACAGCGACAGCGCCGUGUUCUUCCACAAGAUAUCGUGCAAGUUUCUCGACAGUCUAGCGAAGCUCAAGGUGUCGUUCCAGAACAACGACAAGGGCGAGGUUUUCGAGCCACAGUUGGCCCUAACCUCCAAGUACCUUUCUCUUCACUACGAUCUUGAAGAACGUAACGCUCUCGUCAAGAGUUCGUUUGAUGUCGGGCCUGGGUUGGAGUUCAGAGCUUCUCACGAUGUCAAGGCACAACAAGGAGAGGUGACAAUGGUGGCAGAUCUUGCUGGUCCUGCCUAUAAAUUUGAACUGUCAUCUGCUGUUCCAUCUGUUGGCCUGCCAAAAGCUACCUUUAAGUUCCCUAUUGGUGAAGUUUCAUUAGAGGAGAAAGAAGAGGAGGAAGUGAAGAAAAUGUUGUCAAUAAAUGGGAUUGUCAAGGGUCAACUCUUGAAUGGGGUUUGUACCGCUCAAUACCAGGAUGAAAGCUUAAAUCUAAGAUACUUGUACAAGGAUGAGCAAAUGGCCUUCAUUCCAAGCAUUUCUCUACCUUCCAAUGCAUUAUCAAUGGCAUUCAAGCGUCGGUUUGGCCCUUCUGACAAGCUGAGCUACUGGUACAAUUUUGAUUCAAACUAUUGGAGUACUGUGUACAAGCACACGGUUGGCAAUGACUACAAGUUCAAAGUGGGGUAUGAUUCAGAGGUGCGGCUUGGAUGGGCAUCACUUUGGGUUGGGGAUGAAGAUGGGCAAGCAAAGACAGCUCCUAUGAAAACAAAAAUCCAGUUUAUGCUCCAGGUGCCAAAAGAUGAUAUUAAAUCAGCAGCCUUGAUGUUCCGUGUUAAAAAGAGAUGGGAUAUUUGAGUCUGUUUCGGAUUAAAGACGGCCCCCCCUUCUUCCCGAAUCCGUCAUUGGGACCUCACUGUUGUAACAUAAGGAAUUGGGCGAACACCAUCCUAGCCGUAAGAACUGCACACAGUUCAAACUGUUCUAUUGAUGUUCUUACUGUUCCAAUGAUCAUUUUCAUUGAUUGACCUGCUAAAGUGUAGUUAGUAUUAUUCUUCA